CCCUGGGAUUGUCGCCGCUACAGCAGAGUCAGACGCGCAGAGAAGCUGUUGAGUCCUCCAGUGUAGUGUUCGCCGCACCCAUGAGCUACACAGGUUUUGUCCAGGGAUCUGAGACCACCUUGCAGUCGACAUACUCUGACAGCAGUGCCCAGCCCACCUGUGAUUAUGGAUAUGGAACUUGGAACUCUGGGACAAACCGAGGCUACGAGAACUAUGGUUAUGGCUAUGGCUAUGGCCAGGAUAACAGCACCAACUAUGGGUAUGGUAUGGCCACUUCAAACUCUUGGGAAAUGCCUAGCUCUGACACAAAUGCAAACCCUAGUGCCUCGGGUAGCACCAGUGCUGAUUCCGUUUUAUCCAGAAUUAACCAACGCUUAGAUAUGGUGCCGCACUUGGAGACAGACAUGAUGCAAGGAGGCGUGUACGGCUCAGGUGGAGAAAGAUACGACUCCUAUGAGGCCUGUGACUCACGGGCCGUCCUGAGUGAGCGUGACCUGUACCGGUCAGGCUACGACUAUGGAGAGCUUGACCCUGAGAUGGAAAUGGCCUACGAGGGCCAGUAUGAUGCCUACCGUGACCAGUUCCGCAUGCGUGGCAGCGACACCUUUGGUCCAAGGGCUCAGGGCUGGGCCCGGGAUGCUCGGAGCGGCCGGCCAGUGGCCUCAGGCUAUGGGCGCAUGUGGGAAGACCCCAUGGGGGCCCGGGGCCAGUGCAUGCCUGGUGCCUCCCGGCUGCCCUCCCUCUUCUCCCAGAACAUCAUCCCUGAGUACGGCAUGUUCCAGGGCAUGCGUGGCGGGGGCGCCUUCCCUGCUGGCUCCCGCUUUGGCUUCGGGUUUGGCAAUGGCAUGAAGCAGAUGAGGCGGACCUGGAAGACCUGGACAACAGCUGACUUCCGGACCAAAAAGAAGAAGAGGAAGCAAGGUGGCAGUCCCGAUGAGCCAGAUGGCAAGACCCCCCGGACGGACGGCUCGGACAACAGUGACUCGGACAAUGAUGAUGGCACAGAGGGAGAGGCUGCGGAGGGCACCGAAGGCCCUGAGGCUGUGGAAAAGGGCUCCAGAGCAGAAGGAGAGGAUGAGGAGGGAAAAGAAGAUGGGAGAGAAGAAGGCAAAGAAGAUUUGGAGAAAGGGGCCCUGACCACCCAGGAUGAGAACGGCCAGGCCAAGCGCAAGCUGCAGGCGGGCAAGAAGAGCCAAGACAAGCAGAAAAAGCGGCAGCGAGACCGUAUGGUGGAAAGGAUCCAGUUUGUGUGUUCUCUCUGCAAAUACCGCACCUUCUACGAGGACGAGAUGGCCAGCCACCUUGAUAGCAAGUUUCACAAGGAGCACUUUAAGUACGUGGGCACCAAGCUCCCUAAGCAGACAGCUGAUUUCCUGCAGGAAUAUGUCACCAACAAAACCAAGAAGACAGAGGAGCUCCGCAAAACUGUGGAGGACCUUGAUGGUUUGAUCCAGCAGAUUUACAGAGACCAGGACCUGACCCAAGAAAUCGCCAUGGAGCACUUUGUGAAGAAGGUGGAGGCGGCUCACUGUGCAGCCUGUGACCUCUUCAUCCCCAUGCAGUUUGGCAUCAUCCAGAAGCACCUGAAGACCAUGGAACACAACCGGAACCGUAGGCUCAUGAUGGAGCAGUCCAAGAAGUCCUCGCUCAUGGUGGCCCGCAGCAUCCUCAACAACAAGCUCAUCAGCAAGAAGCUGGAGCGCUACCUGAAGGGCGAGAACCCCUUCACCGACAGCCCCGAGGAGGACCGAGAGCAGGACGAGGCCGAAGGGACGCCCGGCGACGCAGAGGCCGCGCCGGCGCAGCCCCCGGUGCCCCCGGAGCCGACCCCUGGCGCCGCCUCGCCGCCGCCGCCCCCGCCCCCGCCCCCGGAGGAGGAGGAGGAGGAAGGCGAGCCCCUCCUCGGCGGGGCCCUGCAGCGCCAGAUCCGCGGCAUCCCGGGGCUGGACGUGGAAGACGACGAGGAGGGGGGCGGGGGCGCCCCGUGACGCGGGCCCAGGGCGGGCAGGGCCUGCGUGGCCCAGGCUGGAAGUCAAGUCGAAUAAAGUUCUU